AUGACAACUGAUUGUAGUGGUUGCAAAUUAGCAAAAUUUUCUGCUUUACAUUUUCCUCGAAGUAUUUCUCAUUUUGUUGCACAAUUUGAUCUUGUUAACUCUGAUGUGUGGGGAUCUGCUCUUAUUGCUACAAAAGGAGGGUCUAGCUAUUAUGUGUCUUUUAUUGAUGAUUAUAGCCCCAAAGUUCCUAGUGAAUUUUGGGGGGAAGCAGCUCUUAUUGCUGUAUCUUUAAUUAAUAAGAUUCCAUCUUUCCACAAUUCAGCUUUAUCACCUUUUGAAAUAUUGAAAGGGCAUUCUUCAGAUUAUUCCUCAUUGAGAGUCUUUGGUUGUACUUGCUUUGUUCUUCAUCUUGAAGUCGAACUUAGUAAGUUAACAUCUCGCUCUGCUAUCUGUGUUUUCUUGGUUUAUGGCCAAGGCCAAAAGGGUUAUUGUUGUUUUGAUCCCAUUAAUAACAAAUUAUAUGUCUCUCGUCAUGUCAUGUUUCUUGAGCAUAUUCCAUUCUUCUCUAUUUCUGAUAAUACUCAUGACAUAACUAAAAUAGACCUCAUUCAUAUUGAUCCAUUCUUUAAUAAUAUAAACAGUCCACUUUUCCAUACCGUAUGUACAGUUGAUUCAUUAUCUCCUACAGGUACACAUGCUCUAGCUCAUGAUACCCCUCUUGCUUCUAUGGCUUCCCAAGCACCACCUGAGGUUGUUAAUUCAGCUCCUGCUCCAUCUCUUUCUCGAUAUCCUCAACGUAUUCGUAAGUCCAUUCAGUUAUCUGAUUUUGCUUAUUCUUGUUAUUCUAAGUCACUUUGCUGCUUUCUAACCUCUAUUCACAAGUUAUCCGAACCAUCUUCCUAUAAAAAAGCUAUUUUGGAUCCUCUUUGGUAA